AUGAUUAGAACUCAAUUUAAAACUGUUUAUCCUUUUGAAGUUAGUGGAAAUCAGCUUAGAAUGUUACAAGCUGAUAUUGAAGCAAUAGAAGCAAAGGAUAUAUUUGCUCCAGAUAAAACAAUAUCAGUAGCAACAGAUAUAAAUGAUAAAACUAAUUCUAGUAAUUUGCCUAACAUUUGUAAAACAAAUAAUUCACCUCAAUCACCAACUAAUAAUUUACCAAAAAUUGGUUCUUUGAAUAUUCAACGUGCUGAUUUAGAUAAAGUUCAGGAAAAAAUAAAAGUUAUUAAAAAAUGGACUGUAAAUACGUUUAAGAAUACAAAACAAAAUGUUUUGGAACAUUUAGGUAAAGUAGAGAAAACAAUUGAUAUCGAAACAGAAGGACAAAUUGAAGGACUGAAAGAAUUACAUAAACGUUACAAUACACUUUUGGCAACAGCAGUAACUUUUCAAAAUCAUUUUACUGUUUUAAAUAAAGCAAAUAGAGAUUUAGCUGAAGGAUUUUAUCAAAUUGGUUUAAAGGAAACAGAAUUGACUAAUGAAUGUAAUGAUAAUCAUGAAAUUUUAAAAACUGUCAGUCAAAAUGGCGAAUUAUUUGAAAAGGAAAUUAAUAAAUUUAUUGAUGCUAUGGAAACAUUAUGUGACAAGACAAUGCAAGAUACAUUUAUAACAAUACAAAUGUAUUCAACAACACGUCUUGAAUAUGAUGUUGCUAAAUGUGAAUUAAAUGACUUAAAAGAUAGUAACAAAGCUACAAAUGCAUCUAUUGAGGAAGCGGAAGAAAAAGUUAGAGAAUAUAAAAAUAAAUAUGAAGGAAUGAUAAAUGAUGUUAGAACAAAAAUAUCGCUUCUUAAAGAAAAUAGACUUAAAGUUAUGAAAAAUCAUAUGCAUGCCUUUCAACAGGCAUUUAGAGCAUAUUCUAAAUCUAAUAUGAUAACGGUUAACUGUCAUACAAGUACUUCAAAUUCACAAUCAUUUCUGGAGCAUUAA